CGCUUUGGUUUCUUGAAAAACACCCUGGCUCUUUAAAACAACAGUGUGGUUAGAAAAGAGGAUAAUGGUUUCUUUUGAAUGCUAGAAUAUUCUGUAAAAAAAUACUCGGAAGUAAUUUUCCAGCGCGCAUUUAAAUCAGCAUUUGGAUCAUUUUUGCCUAUUGAAAUAAUAAAAAGAAUCAGACAAUUACGUAUAAGCCCAAUUUGAGCAUUGCACACUUCUGUAACAACCUCGUCAAAAGGGAUCAAAAAUAGUUGUCCUGGUCGCCGUCUCAAGCUUUUACCGUCCUCGUGGAUCAAUCACACUCCAUCCAGCCAGAUACCAGAAGGGCUGUUGCCAAAUGGGUGCCCAUCGAGGUGAGGGACGGAGGGACUGGCUUCAACAAGAUGCUGUUGAACAGCCGCCCAUACAAACUAUGAAUCCAUGGAACAUCAUGAUAAAGCACAGACAGGUCUACCGCCGGGGCAGACGCUCACAGAUGACCAUGAGCUACACAGACCCUGUUAUAUCCAUGGACCUCUUGCGAACAGUUCUACAGCCCAGCUUCAAUGAGGACAUUAUGGGAGUCUUCAGAAAAUACAUGAAGUUUUUCGAGAAAGCAGCCAGCAACGUGAAGGAGAACUUCGAAGAGGACAUCCAGACCGAGCAGCUGAUCCGAGAAGCCUGCAGAAACUGCUUGGAAAAUGCCAAACAGCUCUUCUCAGAUGGGGAGAAAUCGGCAGUGGCAAGACCCGGCCCUGAGCCUCCAGUCAAGCGGGUGAAGCUGCAGGAUGAGUCCAGUCAAAGAUCCAGCCCUGUUCCAAAAAAGCGGAAAGGGCGCAUGACAGCUCCUGUCGGGUCCACUUUCAAGCCUACUAUGUAUAGUAAUGUGCCUAAGCCCAAGACAUCGGAGUCCGUAAAGCGUGAGGGACCUAAGUGGGACCCUUCCAGACUGAAUGAAAGGAGCACAUUUGUUCUUGGGUCCAGAGCAAAUAAGGCUUUAGGAAUGGGUGGCACCAGAGGAAGGAUUUACAUCAAACAUGCUGACCUCUUCAAGUAUGCUGCCGAUGCCCAGGACAAACACUGGUUGGCAGAGAGACAGCAUAUGAGAGCUACAGGUGGAAAGAUGGCCUAUCUCCUUAUUGAAGAGGAUGUCCAGGACCUUUCUCUGAGUAAUGAUUACAAAGAUUGCCCUGACCUGAAAAUGACGCCAGUUGAGUUGAAGCCUUUCACAGUUCCCGGGUGGAUGAUUGAGAAGAUGCAGAAGGCCAUGGAGGUCCAGAGUUCAGGGAAGGAGUAGAGUCCUAGUCUACCUUGGCAAAUGGCACCCUAUUUCCUAGCCUAUAUAAUACAUUACUGCUGACCAGAGCCCUGUUGGCCCUGGACAUAGGUAGUGUGCUAAAGGGAAUAGGGUGCCAUUUUGUGGGCGGCAGGUAGCCUAGCGUUUAAAAGCAAUGGGCCAGUAACCAAAAGGUCACUGGUUUGAAUCCCUGAGCCGACUAGGUGAGAAAUCUGUCAAUGUGCCCUUGAGCAAGACACUUAACCCUAAUUCCUUCUGUAAGAGUCUUCUAAAUGACUCAAAUGUAAAAUGUCAAUUUCUGAUACAGCCGUAGAAAACCACGGAAAUAAUGAAUAUAUCAAUCGUAUCAAAUCACGAGAGACUGUACAAAAGUGCCAAUGUCUUUUUUGCCCGUGUGGCUUUGGAUCUCAUUGUAUACCAUUACAGAUUUGUAUUUUUUAUGUUUAUUUUUAUAGAUAUAUAUAUUAUAAAUGUAACUUUUAUUUAACUAGCCAAGUCAGUAAUUGAUCAGUUCUAUUUGAUGAAGAAAUGCCCCCCCUCCUUUUUUUUUCUUAAUUAAAAAACCAAACACUCCUUACAGUACUCUGAUGGUUAAAAGGGGCUCUUUGGCAGCCUAUGGCCCCUUGGUAAUAGAACGGUUCUUGGGGCCAGGGGGGUGGUGCCUCCGCCCACAUUGAAUAUAAGGAGUUCAAUAAAGAGUUACUGUUCUUGUAAAAUCAGUCAUUUUGUUUUCCCAUCUUCAACUGUAUUCUCAAUUUUAUAUUGUAAUAUGUUUCUAUAAUGUCAGGUGCUUUUCCCAUCUUCAACUGUAUUCUCAAUUUUAUAUUGUAAUAUGUUUUUACAAUGUCAGGUGCUUUUAUGUCAUUGUACUUCAUGGCAUAUAGACCAUGAUGAACUUUUAGACCAUAUACUUUUUUUCUCGUGAAGAUAUGAAUCAACCUUACUCGCUUAGAAAUAAAGGUUUUGAUUUGUCUA